UUUUUUUUUUUAAAGAAUAUCUGCAUUUUGCUUCAAUCGAAUUCCAACGAAAAUGCUAUUAUUAUUGCUGAAAAAACUCCAUUUCCAGCGGAUACAAACUCGCUUCAAGCGAUUAUUACGAAUAUAGACUUUAACAAUUUCAUGAUGUUUUUUUUUGAAGGAAUCAAGUCUUCAUUAAUCUAUCCUUGUACUGAUAUGCAUAUCGAAAAAUAUAGAAAACAAAAUCGAUGCUUGAUUCAAGAAAGUGCUGAUGAUUAUUAUAAUAUAACUUUGCCAUAUAUUCAAUCAAAUCAGUUAUCUGUGGAAUGGGUGUAUAAUGUGUUGGAUAAGAAAUGCGAAUCAGAGCGGAUUAUAUUCGAUAAUCCUGAUCAAAUCAAUGGUUUUAUGCUUUUACCGGAUUUAAAAUGGAAUGGCAUAGAUAUUGAAAAUUUAUAUGUGCAAGCAAUUGUUUAUCGCAGAACGAUUAAAUCUGUCAGAGAUUUAAAAGAAGAACAUUUGCCAUUAUUAAAAAACAUAAGGGAACAAGGUUUAAAGACUGUGGAAGAGAAAUAUAAUGUUCAUCGUCAACAGAUUCGCAUGUAUUUGCAUUAUCAACCAUCGUAUUAUCAUCUUCAUGUCCAUUUCGUUCAUAUUUCAUAUGAUGCUGCUGCUAACAAUGUUGGAAAAGCUAUAUUACUUGAUGAUGUUAUAAACAAUAUAUCAUUAAUGGCAGAUUACUACCAGAAGACAAGUCUAACAUUCGAAAUCAAAGAAAAUCACCCACUUGCCAAACAUUAUCGGAAGCUAAAACUCGAAAAUUAA